AUAGUAAUGCAUGUGAUUGAAUCGAGUAAUUGAGUUGAGUGCAUAAACCCCUUCAUGAAUAAUAAAAGGGUCCAAUCCAAACUUCAAUAAAAAACACUGUAAAAAAGAGUAAAAAGAAAACCGUAUCUCACUGAUACUAUAUACAUUUUCUUUUCCGCUCCUAUCUCAAUAAUUCAUUCACUCUGUAUUUUUGCGACGUAGGUUUUUUGGCUAUGAAUAAUAAGUCGGCUGAAGAUUUAAUGGAGUGUUCUUCUGAGGUUCAUUUUUCUGGAUUUCAUAUGAAUGGUUUAGAACAAAGAAAAGCUGUUAUUGAGCAACCAACCACCUCUGCACCUGACGUCAAUAAACAACCUUUUGUUAUAGGAGUUGCGGGGGGAGCGGCAUCUGGCAAGACCGCAGUUUGUGAUAUGAUUAUUCAACAGCUUCAUGAUCAGCGGGUUGUACUUGUUAAUCAGGAUUCUUUUUACCAUAACUUGACUGAGGAGGAACUUACAAGAGUACAAGAAUACAACUUUGAUCAUCCUGAGGCUUUUGAUACUGAGAGAUUGGUAUAUGUCAUGGACAAGCUGAAGCAUAGCCAAGCAGUAGAUAUUCCGAAGUACGACUUUAAGGGUUACAAGAAUGAUGUGUUUCCCGCAAGAAGGGUAAACCCAGCAGAUGUUAUAAUUUUGGAAGGCAUUCUUGUUUUCCAUGAUCCUCGUGUUCGGGCAUUGAUGAAUAUGAAGAUAUUUGUUGACACAGAUGCUGAUGUUCGUCUAGCAAGAAGGAUUAAGCGUGAUACUGCCGAUAAUGCUCGUGAUAUUGGAGCAGUGCUUGAUCAGUAUUCAAAAUUUGUGAAGCCGGCUUUUGAUGACUUUAUCCUUCCUACAAAGAAGUAUGCUGAUAUCAUUAUACCCCGUGGAGGAGAUAAUCAUGUGGCUAUUGAUUUGAUUGUACAACAUAUUCGCACAAAGCUUGGUCAGCAUGACCUAUGUAAAAUAUAUCCUAACUUAUAUGUCAUUCCGUCUACUUUUCAGAUUCGGGGCAUGCAUACCCUGAUACGCGAUACUCAGACAACGAAACAUGACUUUGUAUUUUAUGCUGACCGUUUGAUACGUUUGGUUGUAGAGCAUGGCCUAGGACAUCUUCCAUUUACUGAAAAGCAAGUAACCACUCCUACUGGGUCUGUAUACAGUGGUGUGGAUUUUUGUAAGAGGUUGUGUGGUGUUUCCAUUAUCAGAAGUGGGGAAAGCAUGGAGAAUGCUUUACGAGCAUGCUGCAAAGGUAUCAAGAUUGGUAAAAUUCUUAUUCAUAGAGAAGGUGACAACGGUCAGCAGCUAGUAUACGAGAAGUUGCCAAAUGAUAUCUCAGAUAGGCAUGUGUUACUGUUGGAUCCUAUCUUAGGCACAGGUAAUUCUGCUGUUCAAGCAAUUUCUUUACUUUUAAGGAAGGGUGUACCAGAGUCCAACAUUAUAUUUCUCAACCUCAUAUCAGCACCUCAAGGUUUGCAUGUGGUCUGCAAAAGAUUUCCAAGAAUAAAAAUUGUGACAUCUGAGAUUGACAUUGGUUUGAACGAAGAUUUCCGUGUCAUUCCUGGGAUGGGCGAGUUUGGGGAUCGGUACUUUGGAACAGAUGACGAGGACCAGCUGGUGCUGGCCCGUUCGCGGUAGUUAUGCUUGGGCAAAAUCCAUAAUAUUUUUCGGUCCAUCAUUACUUAACGAGACUUCACUGGAAAAAAAGGAUGGAAUUUGCUGAAUUGUGACUCUGCUGGGAUCCGAGUGCUAGUUUUAAAUCAAUUUUGAUCAAAAUAUUUUAUUUGCUUUAUUUAAAGACACAUAGUUGGAAUGCUCCAAUGCAAAUUUUGUUAUCUUUUAUUAUUGUACCAGAUUUUUUCUUCAAAUUAUUCUUUUCCGAUAUUGGUUUAUCA